UAAUGGAUUAUAUCCCAGUAAUUUGUGCGAGUAAGUAACGUGACGACUCCAAUGUAUUCACGUUUGCUAUUUCUCUUCACAAUUACAACCACAUUACAAAGUGCCAAGCCUGCAACGUUAUGUAUCGUGUGUGUUUUUCAAUGACCGGUGGUGAAUAAUUCUGGGUUGUUAUCUCUUUCCCAUCGUGGCGCAUCCCUGCCGCAGAGUGAAUCAAACAGCAGCUGCCUCCGUCUGUGCUGGAAGCUGGCGUUUAUGCUGCAGAGGAAACACUAGAGUUCUUGGAGAUGGAUGUGAAGACGGUGCUUCUCUUGGUGGCAGGGAUGUUAGACUCUGCAGCCUGUAAUCCCAAACACAGCCUGGUCACUGAUAUGUUUCGCAACUACGACAAACGUGUUGAACCUUUCGGGCCUAACGAGACACUGAACGUGUGGAUGGACGUUACCCUGGUCGAGGUCUCCGACAUCGACGAGAGAAAGCAAGUGAUGACGACAAAUUGCUGGAUAACUUUGAAAUGGAGGGAUGCAUCAUUGGCAUUGCAACAGGAAGAACGUGAUAACGUGACCGACCUACGGAUCCCAUCCGAUGCCAUAUGGACGCCUGACAUUCGAAUACCUAACUCAGUGGAAGUAAACAACCAACUGUCGCAUAGCGAGUACCACAACGCAGUAGUACAGUCAAGUGGAGAAGUAUUACUGGUUUAUCAGGUCAUCUUAAAAACGUUGUGUACAAUUGACGUUGCCUACUUCCCCAUGGAUCAACAAUACUGUCAGAUGGUGUUCCUGUCGUGGACAUCCAAUGGUGAUCAACUAAAUCUCACAAAUGGUGAAAGUGGAGACGUAGGUUUAUAUGAAUACAUUGGCAGUGCGGAAUGGGACAUGGUCUCCUUCAAGAAAAGUCGACAGGUCUCAUAUUACUCAUGUUGCCCCGAGCCCUACCUCGCAUUGAUGUACCGAGUGGUCGUGAGACGGAGGCCCUUGUUCUUCCUAGUUAAUCUAAUGAUGCCCUGUCUAGUCAUCACGUUGGUUGCUCUGCUGGGACUUCUGGUGCCGAAUGAAUCUGGAGAGAAAAUCUCCAUAGGAAUCACGUCUCUCCUGGCAAUGAUAGCAUUGUUGCUUGUUAUCUCGACGAUAUUGCCACCGACGUCUUUAGCGAUUCCUCUUAUUGGUAAGUACUACGCUGUCAGUAUCCUCAUUGUGUCGCUGAGUACAGGCCUGGCCGUGCUCACUCUCAAUAUUCAUCACCGAGGACCGAGAGGACACAAACUGCCAAGGCUUGUGAAAACUGUGUGCUUCAGUUUUCUUGCCAGGAUCCUGUUCAUCAAAAUAGACGUGCCAGAGUCUGACGACCAGGAAAUGGCACGAAAUGCCGCUUAUGACGAGGCCAACCAUGCAGACAUACCAGCACCCACCCUGAGCCUGGCGGAGGGACAGCAGGCUGGCGGGACUAACGUGGUGGAUGUUCUCAACCGGCUACUCCACACAGUAGAGCAGGCCAUAGGGCUGCAGAAGAGGAGGGUCGCCAAACAAGACAGCCUUGACCAGAUUACAUAUGAAUGGAAGCAGCUGGCCAUUGUUCUCGCACGCGCUCUGACAAUCAUAUUUCUCUUCGUCACUGUUUUCACGACGGUUGCAAUGUUCUCCUAGACUCUAGACGUGGGUGGAACCUGGUGGUAAAGUGUUCGCUUGUCAGACAGCAGACCUGGCUUCUAUUCCCCGUAUAGGUACGACGCUUAUUUUGUCCAGUGAUUAUAUCACUUUGUGUUGUGUGUGUGGAGUACUUGGUGUUCCAUGUUGCUGGUAUGUUGCUGAAAGAGGCGUACAACACCAAUGACCCUAGCAACCAUUAGGCUUGCAUGGCGACGGGCACCAGUAUCAUUUGUUCGGUGCUCGGAGGUUGCCAUAGGGUAGCUGCAUUUUCUUCAGAAAUUCGCUUUAGGAUUUGUAUAUUGUCACUUAAAUAUGCAUGAUGGAACUAAGUACAUUAGAACAGUGGGUAUUGUUAUUUGUAGUCACUAUUUACAUGUUACUUCGAUUUGCAAUGUUUGAUUUGUAAACUUUAUGACUGAUUAUUUUGAAGUUGCGAACAUUUAUUAUCUAGAUCAUUCAAUUCAAUUCAAUUAUUACAAGUUAUAUUGGAUAUCCUUUCUCACCUGACUGAACAUCGAGUAAGCUUAUGUCGCAGCCUGUUUGCCCGUGAUCCGCCAUCAACAUCGUCACAUCGUUUCAUGGUUCGUCCUAUCCAUGACGACCCCACAUUUGUUCAAGAGGUUCGAAUCCAGUUUAUAGCUUUUUAUGGCCACUACUCAGCUCUUUUGUGUUUAAAAAUGGAAUACAAUUUGCUACAAGUUUAAUAAAUGUUUGGGCUGAACAUAUAUUUUCCGUGUUUCGAAAUAGUUUUGCCAUGGUAUUGACCUUAUUCUUUUGGCCAUGUUCUGAUAUUUGCGUAAAAUGAAUAUUUGACUUCUGUAAACUGGAAUACUCAUACAAAAGAAGCUGAACUUUCAUGUAUGUUUUCUCUCACGGUGACAUCAUAAUUUGUUCAAAUCCUUGUUGGAUUUUAGUGUCAGGGUUUAGUCCUCACUGUAUAUGCAGAAAGUAUUUGAAUAUCAAUGCUGACGGAAACUGUUGUUUAGAUGUCCGUUCCCGUUACAAUUAUUACAUAUGAUGUCAACAAUGUCAUUAUUCAGCAUAUUUUAAUAACCUGUCACAGUCAAUGUGUUACAUGUGAUUCACUCAGGCAGUUUACAAAAUGCCUACACAUUUCAGUUAUUUUACAAAUUGACUGAUAAGUUGAUUUAUGUGACUGAUUGACUAAAGUGAAGAUUAUUAAGAAGCUGAAAAGGGCCCAAAUGAACAAAGUACAAUAGUUAUGCUAGGAUUAGAAACAACAAAACUAACAAAUAUAUAUUGUCUUCUGUUUACCCUUACAUUUUCACUAGGUGAUUACACUGAACAUCAAAAUGUGUUGAAUUCGUUAUCAUAAAAUAAAUGGCCAAUUUGUACAGUAAUUUGUAAAUUUACUGGGAUAUUUAGGCGACUGUGAUUUCAGUCAGACUUGCCACGAUCCUGUUGCCACAGAUUCCAAAUUCCCGAUUGGGCCCCAUUAUUAUUAUUGGAAUACUCCUCCGACCGUCCUCAGAAAUACCAAAACAGACACCAACAGAGAGAUAAAUCCAAACCUAUGGGCGACAUUAGCGCGAUUAUAUAUUUGCGGGAUUUUAUAAGCAAAACGGAUGUCAAACAGUUCAAACUGAGUUUUAUAAGGAAACUAUCAGUACAUCCAGUGUGGAUCAUGUGACUACAGGAUCGUACAACAAUUUCUUACUGCAUUAGAAUUAAAAAGAGCCCCAUGAUUCUAGUUCCGCUUACAGCCAAGCUAUUGGUACGUCCGUUUUGUAUCAUGUCGGAAAACACUUCCUUUUGCAUUAAACUGUAUAGUCCCAUGGUUCUCGCUCCAUGUUACAAAGUUAUAAAUACACCAAGCUUGAGUUUUCAAACUAAAUACAUAAACACUCAUAUCACUGUAUCUUAAUUGGCCAAAAGUUUUUUUGUCAUGGAAACCACAAAAAAAGAAAUCGCCCAAAUAUCGCAUAUUGUACUCACGCUUCUUUCAGUACGGGUUUUAGCUGCCUAUUUUAUAUAACAUCACGUGAGAACCAGUUCUGGCCCCAAGCGGCGGUACUUUUACCAUGCACAACAAAAAUAACAAUGUUCAUACGGAAUGACAACGUUCAAUGUUUUCCACCCAGAACCUUCGAUUAUCUGCAGACAAAAGGUUCCAUUAGGUGCAAAAGACAAAAUAGUAGGAUACCAUAUGGUCGCAAACUACUAACGCAGCAAGAUACACUCAUAUUGUCACGAACACAUGCAUGCUUAUGAUACAGUCUGAAUUGUACAAAAUCAGA